AGUCCUGCCCAGAUGUUGGUGAUUCUGGGGCAGGCGUUGGUUCCGAAUCCUGCCUAGAUGUUUGAGAUUCUGGGGCAGGUGUUGGUUCUGAAUCCUUCCCAGAUGUUGGAGAUUCUGGUGCAGGCGUUGGUUCAGAAUCUUGCCCAGAUGUUGGUGAUUCUGGGGCGGGUGUUUGUUCCGAAUCCUGCCCAGAUGUUGGUGAUUCUGGGGCGGGUGUUUGUUCCGAAUCCUGCCCAGAUGUUGGUGAUUCUGGAGCAGGUGUUGGUUCUGAAUCUUGCCCAGAUGUUAUUGAUUCUGGGGAAUGCUUUGGUUCUGAAUCCUGCCCAGAUGUUGGAGAUUCUGGCGCAGGUGUUGCAUCCGAAUCCUGCCCAGAUGUUGGUGAUUCUGGGGCAGGCGUUGGUUCCAAAUCCUGCCCAGAUGUUUGAGAUUCUGGGGCGGGUGUUUGUUCCGAAUCCUGCCCAGAUUUUGGUGAUUCUGGAGCAGGUGUUUGUUCUGAAUCCUGCCCAGAUGUUGGUGAUUCUGGGGCAGGUGUUUGUUCUGAAUCCUGCCCAGAUGUUUGAGAUUCUGGGGCGGGUGUUUGUUCCGAAUCCUGCCCAGAUGUUGGUGAUUCUGGAGCAGGUGUUGGUUCUGAAUCUUGUCCAGAUGUUGGUGAUUCUGGAGCAGGUGUUGGUUCUGAAUCUUGCCCAGAUGUUGGUGAUUCUGGGUCAGGUGUUGGUUCUGAAUCCUGCCCAGAUGUUGGUGAUUCUGGUUCAGACAUUGGUUCUGAAUCCUGCCCAGAUGUUGUUGAUUCUGGUUCAGGUGUAG